AUGGAGGUCGUGGAUGAGGCGCGGAGCUUCGUGCAGGCAAAGAUGCAGAGCCGCGUGGCGCUGCUCCGGGCGAAGACGCGGAGGUUGCAGCAGAUCAACGACGCGCCUGUACCGCCGGAGGCUGAGAUGGCUCCAGAAGUGUUGCUUCCUCGGCGUGAGCUGCAGCUUUGCCCUGUGAGAGAAGGAAGGGCAUCAAGAAGAAGAGCUCCACGUCCAGUGUUGGCCUUCUCUUUUCGCCACCCACCGCCUGCACCUGUGGUGCUGGACGCCGAUGGCGCUGUCCGGCGUGGACUGAGUGCCCGGCGUGGGGACGUGGGGCAUGUGGAACCAUGGAGGAGGAGUUGCGGUUUGCAGAGCUGCAACGCCUGGGCGCCAUGGCCACCGUAUGUCGGAUGCGAAGGGAAGGCCUAUCACUUCCUCCGUGCCGGUUUUUUUCUGGAUGAUUCUGACGAGGAGGCGGAGCCUGGCAGGCCCAAGUUGGUCUCGCGCGAAUCGACCUGGGAGAGUAUGGGCUACAGCGGUCUUCUGGGGAAUGAGUCGAGGCAAGCUUCCAAGUCCGAGCGUGGCAGCAUUGAGGAUCACGCGGAGGGUGUGGCCAGGUUAGCCUUUUCCUCGAUGCGGAACCACCAGGAGGAGGAGAGCAGCUUUGGAUCAAAGGACCCGCCCUUGUGCCACCUGGAGGAGGAACCGCAUGUCGCCCGUCGUAUCUCCUCGGAUGAGCAUACCAAGUGGAGGUCGAGCUUCAACCGAUUUCGACAUGAUGGAGAGAUCCACCGGGACGAUUUGGACAAAGCUUUGGCGCAUUGUGGCUUUGAUGAUCGCCGGGGCACGUUGAUCAUGGAAGCGUUGGAGUCGGUCACGCUUUAUGCCGCCCUGAGCCGAUGCUUGGUUGAUGGGAGGGACCGGCAGGCUCCAGCCGCACAGGCAAAUGGAAGACCUGAUGGACGCUCCGCGCGGGACGUCCUGGAAGCGCAGCCGAUGACGGUGACCAAGACGCUCUCGGUGGUCUCGACGACGUCAAAGGUGUCUUCGGCCAUCGAAGAGGAGAAGCUUGGGCUGAGGUGA